UUUUGUGGGCUUAAGGGAUUUGACAGGUGGUGCCUAUAUAACCAUAUGUUUUCAUUAACCGAGGGUGAAGGGCAGGACAGUAACAACAGAAUGAGUUGUGACAGUGGCAUGAUUAAAUUUUGACUAGAGGCACUUUAGUUUUACUGUAAAUCAUUUCGUUGUUGGCAUCUUAAGUGUGGUUGAUCGUCCAAUUCCUCAUCAGUGAAGUACAAAUAGGCAGUUUUAAUUUCAAACUUUUAGACAAUGGAUAUAGCGAAGACAUUGUUUGGAACACGACCACAUGAGGGCUACCAAGGAAAGGAAGACUAUAAUGAGAAAGUAGACACAGCAUUGUCUGAAGAUGAUGGUGAGGGAGAGCUGUCCUAUGUGGGAGAGGUGUCUGAAGGUAUCAGUAUAAUGGCUGAAGGAGUGACUCCAACUCCAGGAGGUCCUUUCUCUGCCUUAACACCCUCCAUGUGGCCACAAGAUAUUCUCAGCAAACUUGGACAGCAACCAGAUGACCCAAAUUCACAGCCAGAUUACAGGUUUGAUGAAUUUGGCUUUCGUGUGGAGGAAGAAGAUGGUCCAGAACAGAGUUCAAAGAAACUAUUAAGCAUUCCAUUUGUAGAGGAUCCACAGCAGAGAUUGCAAUGGGUAGCUCAUUUAGAAUUUAGUCACAAUAAGGAAGUGUGUGAUCUGACAUGGGACAAGGUAGAUGUCACACUUCCCCGAACAGAGAAACUUCGGUCUAUGGUACUUGCUGGUAUACCUCACUCGUUAAGACCACAAAUGUGGAUGAGGUUGUCAGGAGCACUUCAGAAAAAAAUGUCAUCUGAAAUGUCCUACAAAGAUAUUGUAAAAGCAUCAAGUAAUGAUGCUCUCAUGACUUCAAAACAAAUCGAGAAAGAUAUACUGAGGACAAUGCCAGCAAAUGUAUGUUUUAGUCACUUAACUAGCACAGGAAUUCCUCGUCUGAGAAGAGUGCUGAGAGGACUUGCGUGGCUGUAUCCUGAUAUAGGCUACUGUCAAGGAACUGGUAUGAUAGUAUCAUCUCUGCUGUUACUGAUGGAGGAAGAAGAUGCAUUUUGGAUGAUGUGUGCUAUUGUGGAAGAUUUGCUUCCAGCCUCGUACUACUCUUCCACACUUAUAGGAAUCCAGGCAGACCAGAGGGUACUUCGUGCCCUCAUUGUGAAUUAUCUUCCAGAUGUGGACAUGGCACUUAAGGAACAUGAUAUAGAGCUGAGCCUCAUCACUCUUCAUUGGUUCCUCACACUUUUUGCUUCUGUAGUUCAUAUGAAAAUCCUUCUUCGUAUUUGGGAUGUCUUUUUUCUUGAUGGUUCUCUUGUGCUAUUUCAAAUUACACUGGGGAUGCUCAAGAGUAAAGAAUCUGAUUUCAAGUUACUGCAAAACUCUGCACAGGUCUUUAACCUUUUGUCAGAUAUUCCUUCGGGUGUAGAUGAUGUUGACAAGCUUCUAGAGGUAUCUUUUAAAGUUGCUGGUUCUCUGAAUGAUGUGGUAAUAGAAACACACAGACGACGACACCUGGCGUAUUUGAUGGCUGAUAGUGGUGCUUUGGUAGGAAAUCCAGAAUCUGCUUCAAAUCUUCCUAAACAGCAUCUCAGCAGGAGACAAAUGAAGAAAUCAAAAUCAAUGAUUCAGUUGCUGCUAUUUGGAGAGGAGACAACAGAGGAAGAUAUCAAAUCAAAAAAUAUUCGUCAAACAGAGAUACUUGUGGAUCUUCGUGAGGCCAUUCUACAAGUUGCAAGACAUUUCAUGUCAGUGGAUCCCAAACUAAAUAAAAUUUCUCUUGUACCUGAUUAUACCAUGGAGAGCCAUGCAAAAGACCAAGAUAAUUAUGUCAGUGUUUCAAGAAAUCGGAAACGGCGAGCUAAAGCACUAUUAGACUUUGAACGCCAUGACGACGAUGAGCUUGGAUUUCGGAAGAAUGACAUCAUCAUUAUUAUAAGUCAGAAGGACGAACAUUGUUGGGUUGGUGAACUGAAUGGAUUGAGAGGUUGGUUCCCAGCAAAGUUUGUGGAGCUGCUGGAUGAAAGAAGCAAACAGUACUCAUGUGCAGGAGAUGAUAGUGUAUCGGAGACUGUAACAGAUUUAGUCAGAGGGACGCUGUGUCCAGCAAUAAAGCAAGUACUGGAGCAUGGCAUGAAGAGACCAAGUUUUCUAGGUGGCCCUUGUCAUCCAUGGCUAUUUAUUGAAGAGGCAGCUACAAAAGAAGUUGAAAAAGACUUUAAUUCAGUUUACAGUCGCCUUGUACUUUGUAAGACUUAUCGAUUGGAUGAGGAUGGAAAAGUUCUCACUCCUGAAGAGUUACUCUACCGAUGUGUGCAGGCAGUGAAUUUAAGUCACGAUAAUGCACAUGCUCAAAUGGAUGUCAAGCUGCGAAGUCUUAUCUGUUUGGGCCUCAAUGAACAAGUUUUGCAUCUCUGGCUAGAAGUUCUUUGUUCAUGUGUGGAAGUAGUUCAGAAGUGGUACCAUCCUUGGAGUUUCAUCUACAGUCCUGGAUGGGUGCAGAUCAAGUGUGAAUUGCGUGUUCUUUCACAGUUUGCAUUUAAUUUAAAUCCUGAUUGGGAAAUUCCAGCCAAAAAAGAACAAUCUCAACCUCUUAAAGAUGGUGUACGUGAUAUGUUAGUGAAACAUCAUUUGUUCAGUUGGGACCUCUAGGACACACGGACUGUUUAUUUAAUUGGAACAGUUCCAGUUCAAAAAUGUUAAAACUCUAGGUGAUUCUGUACAGGGACUCAGUACAAUCGAGUGAUUACUUUUUGUUUCAGAAAGAUCAGUGAGUGUGCUUGUCGAAUAUGAGAGAACCGUAAAAGAAAGAUUUUAACAUUGUAUUGUUACAUAUUUAUUGAAAGUUGUUCAAAAUAGAAUUCAAAAUGUUACCCUUAGUUAAAAAUAAGUUUUACAGUAUUUAAAGUGAAAAAUUAAUUACAGUAUUGCAAUUGAAGACAUGAUUUCAGUAGUUUUGUGGAGAAAAUUAAGGGAGAAAUGAGUUAACCAGAAAAGUACAGAAUGGUCUAAAGAGGGUACUCAGGCAGCUCUGAGUUGCUUACAAAUCUUUCCAUAUAGACAUAUUCACUAAUCAAAUAUGAUUUUUGUGUUUAAAAUAUUAAAUUAAUGUACUUCACAGACAAUCUGUAUAAAAAUAUUCAUUUAAAAGUUUGUGAAACAGUCUGUAAUUGUUUGUUACAACUGUGUACUACUUGUAUUUAAUUUAGUCAAGUGUUUUAUUGCUUAUCUGGAUCUGAAGAGAUGGCCAUCAUUUUUUUAUAACUUACCCAGUAAAAUACUGCUUUCCAGUUUACUUUAUUUUUAAUCAAGAUGAUGUCAUCUGCAUGUUGUUGUGUUAAAAUGACAAGUAUUGGUGCUGUUGGGUUACUGCCAGUUUAAUAAGUCAGAAGUGUGGUCAAAAAAUGUAUUAGGUGUUCAUUUGAUUGGGCUGUCUAAUUUAGAGGUCAGUUUUAGGAUUCUAACACUUUACCAUGAAGUCCAUCAGAUCUUUGGGUUUUCAAGCCAACUUCUUUGUUGUUAGCAGAUUUACUUUAUUGUUAGAAAUCAAAAUGUCGUUAAUGACUUUGAUUUGUUACAAAUUAAGAAAGAUUUCCCUGUGGAAUUACCACAAUAUUUAUCACAAAAAUCAACAUACAUGUUUCUUACUGAUUUAUAGUAUUUUUUCCUUAAAAAAUGAACAUUAUUACUGUAACACUGCUAUGUGUACUGAACGACACCCUUGGAAUUCAGUGUCGUUAGCCUCAGUCCACAGUGAGUGGGAAAGCAGUGUGCUGACCCCGUACCCCUCCAUAAUGCAUCUAAAUGACACCAUAUGGCAGAGGAUGAUACAGUGGCUGGUAUGGUCAUCUAGGCCUGUUUGUAGCAUUAUUUUUUUGUCUUAGAAAGAGUGUAUUAAGUAUUCAACCACUAAUGAACACUCUGUCAAAAAAAAGUGAAAUUGUAAUUUUUCUUAGAUUUGAUUCAUUGCUGUGCGUAAAGAACAAUUUCCAACGUACAAAUCUGUUCCUUUCAAUUUGAUACAGAUACAGAAGUCCCUGUGAAGUUCCAUUCACUGAUGGAAAAAUAUAUAACAACUACUACUCACCGAGAAACUGAACUAUUAGAAAGGAUAUAGUAACAAGGCUUGAAUAAAUUCAUUCCAGAUGUAAUGCCAUGUCAUCUGCACAAUAAAUAGAAACCUGCUUGUUUUCUAAGUGUCUUGCCGGGUUUUCUCCUAAACAUUGAGGAAGAAGACCUGUGCAAAAUGGUUGAAAUAUCACUACUGUCCAACUGUCUUGCACAGUUUUCUUCCAAAUGGUUAAGAAGACCUGUCGAGACAGUUGAUGCGUCAACACAUAUUUUACUUAGUUUGUAGUAUGAUAUUUCACUGUACUCCAGAUGACUGACACUGACUAGAUUGCUUUCCAUUUAUAUCCAGGGGAAGAAAGUAUAGAGUUUAAGGAACUCUGUCAGCUGGUACACAAAAUAAUGAAGCUAUCUGCUUGGUUAUCAAACUGGCAUCCUUACUCAGAGUUUACGUUAUCAUUUUGUGGAGUUUUAAGAUUUUUUGGAAUAUUAUAGCAUUCUAAUCAACAGCAAUUUCAGAAUAUCAUAUUUAAAUUUUAAAGUCAUUGUUUUUAUUAUCUUUUGGGGUACAGUAAGAAUGUGCCAUGUAAUUCUGUAGGAUGUUACUAAUGUUAUAAUGAUUAUUGUAACUUUACUGUUGCACACUUUGUAUUAUUUUUCAAACAACCUCUGCAAUUUUUGUAUAAAUGUAAAUAUUGGCACUGUUACUUGUCUGUAGGACUGAGUGUUGCUUUGGAGUAAUUAAUGUCAACCAAAUAAAGAUAUGUAAUUUUACUUAACAGAACGAAAGAAAUCAGAUACAUUGCAUUGUUUACUGUAAUGUAUUUCUACUGCUGAACAGCUUCUGAAAUCCAAAUUAUGACAGGGUUCCACUUAUCUGUGUGUAUGUUGCAAAACUGAUUCAUUGUUAUUGUGAUAAAGAAUACUGUGAAUGCUUUUAUGUAAAAUUGUAGUGACAUGACAGUGUUAAAAGUCUGCUGUGACUACAAGACAAAGGACCAAUACCUUCAGCUGCUAAACCAGAAAUUCAUUAUUUUAUUGUUGUUUUACUUUUAGUAGAGUCUAUUAAUUAUUCAGUAUUAAGAACUUUUCAUUUUAUGAUAUGCAUUUUUAUACAAUUUUAGUGAAUAUUUAUACUUUCAUUGAGUUCUAUCUAACGACCCUUUUCAAGUAGAUAAGGUUAUAUAACUGAAUUCAUCUUGAAGGUUUUUUUUUUUCAUUUAUUUGAACAUAUUUAGUAUGAAUGCCUUUCGUAGUUAAUUAAGCUGGAAUUAAAAUGAAAUACCAGUUAUAUAAGGGCUUAAUAUUAUUAAAAAAAUUGCUUCUCCAAGAUAAUUGGGACAACCAAUAAAUAUUGUCAAUGAUGGUACUGCAAGGACUAAAUGUAGGUAUGGGACUUGCAACCUGUUCAGAAAAUCACAGUGCAGAGCAGUGAUUACUUGUUGUUGUUGUUGUGGUCUUCGGUCCAAAGACUGGUUUGAUGGAACUCUCUACACUACUGUAUCCUGUGCAAGACUGUUCAUCUCCGAGCAACUACUAUAACUUACAUCCUUCUGGAUCUGCUUACUAUAUUCAUCUCUUGCCCUCCCUUGACAAUUUUUACCCCCCCCCCCCCCCCAAGCUCUUCUCCAGCAAUAAAUUUGUGAUCCUGGGAUGUCUCAGAAUGUUUCCUACCAACCAAUCCCUUCUUCUAGUCAAGUUGUGCCACAAAUUCCUCAUCUCCUCAAUUCUAUUCAGUACCUCCUCAUUAGUUAUGUGACCUACCCAUCUAUUCUUGAGCAUUCUUCUAUAGCACCACAUUUCAAAAGCUUCUAUUCUCUUCUUGUCCAAACUAUUUAUCGUCCAUAUUUCACUUCCAUACAUGGUUACACUCCAUACAAAUACUUGCAGAAAAGACUUCCUAACACUUAAAUCUAUACUCGAUGUUAACAAAUUUCUGUUCUUAACUCAUCUACUACUUUAAGUGUCUCAUUUCCGAAUCUAAUUCUCUCAGGAUCAUCUGAUUGUUAUUCCUACUCUCUCUCUCUCUCUCUCUCUCUCUCUCUCUCUCUCUCUCUCUCUGCUCAAUAUACAGAUUGAAUAACAUCAGGGAUAGGGUGCACCCCUCCACCUGGUUUCUGUACAAAUUGUAAAUAGCCUUUCUCUCCCUGUAUUUUACCCAUCACUUAGAAUUUUAAAGAGAGUAUUCCACUCAACAUAGUCAAAAUCUUUCUGUAAGUCUACAGAUGCUAUAAAUGUAGGUUUGUCUUUGCUUAACCUACGUUCUAUGAGAAGUCUUAGGGCCAGUACUGCCUCGCAUGUUCCAACAUUUCUACAGAAUCCAAACUGAUCUUCCCCAAGUUCAGCUUCUACCAGUUUUACCAUCCUUCUGUAAAGAAUUCAUGUUAGUAUUUUGCAACCAUGAUUUGUCAAACUGACAGGUUAGUUAUUUUCACAUCAGUAAGCAUUUGUUUUCUUUGGAAUUGGAAUUAUUAUAUUCUUCUUGAAGUGUGAGGGAAUUUGCCUGUCUCAUACAUUUUGCUCACCAGAUGUAAGAAUUUAGUCAUGGCUGGCUCUCCCAAGGCUAUCAGUAGUUCUAACAGAAUGCUUUAUACUCCAGGGGCCUUGUUUUGACUUAGGCCUUUAGUGCUCUGUCAGAUUCUUCAUGAAGUAUCAUAUCUCCCAUCUCAUCUUUAUCUACGUCCUCUUCCAUUUCCAUACUAUUGUCCUCAAGUAAUCUCCCUUUUACAGGUCCUCUAUAUAUUCUUCCACCUUUCUGCUUUCCCUUCUUUGCUUAGGAAUGGUUUUCCAUCUGAGCUCUUGGUAUUUAACAGGUGGUUCUCUUUUCUCCAAAGGUCUCUUUAGUUUUCCUGUAGGUGGCAUCUAUCUUUCCUCUAGUACUUCUAAAUCCUUACAUUUGGCCCCUAUCCAUUCCUACUUAGCCAUUUUGCACUUCCUUUCAAUCUCAUUUUUUAGACGUUUGUAUUCCCUUUCGUCUGCUUCAUUGACUGCAUUUUUAUAUUUUCUCUUUUCAUCAGUUAAAUUCAACCUCUCUUUUGUUACCCAAGGAUUUCUACUUGCCCUCAUCUUUUUACCUAUUUUACCUUCUGCUGCCUUCACUAUUUCUUCUCUCAAAGCUACCCAUUCAUCUUCUACUGUUUCCGUUCCCCUUUUCUUGUCAAUUGUUCCCUAAUGCUACUUCUGAAACUCUACAACCUCCGAUUCUUUCAGUUUAUCCAGGUCACUGUUCAUAACCAAUAAAUUGUGGUCAGAGUCCACAUCUGCCCCUGAAUUGUUUUUCAAUUUAAAAUCUGGGUCCAAAAAUCUCUGUCUUACUAUUAUGUAAUCAAUUUGAAACCUUUCAGUGUGUCGAGGUCUCUUCCAUGUAUACACCCUUCUUUCAUGAUUCUUAAACCAGGCCUUAGCUAUGGUUAAAUUACGCCCUGUGCAAAAUUCUAGCAGGUGACUUCCUCAUUCAUUCCUUUCCCUCAGUCCAUAUUCAUGUACUUUUUUUUUCUUCUCCUUCAUUUUCCUACUGUCGAAUUCCAGUCCCCAAUGACUGUUAAGUUUUUGUCUCCCUUGACUAUCUGAAUAAUCUUUUUAUCUCAUAGUACAUUUCUUCAAUCUUCAUCAUCUACAGAGCUAGUUGAUAUAUAAACAUGCACUAUUGUGGUGGGUGUGAGCUUUGUGCCUAUCUUGGCUGUGAUGAUGUGUUCACUAUGCUGUUCAAAGUAGCUUAUCUGUGUUCCUACUUUUUUAUUUCUUAUUAAACCUACUCCUGCAUGACAUCUAUUUGUUUUUGUAUUUAUAACCCUGUAUUCACCUGACUACAUGUCCUGUUCCUCAUGCCACCAAACUUCACUAACUACCACUACAUCUAAAUUGAACAUAUCCAUUUCCCUUUUUAAAUUUUCUAACCCACUUACCUGAUUAAGGGAUCUGGGAUUCCAUGCUCCGAUCUGUAGAAUGCCAGUUUUGUUUCUCCUGUUCCGAAUAGGGGAGUAUUUUACCUCCAGAAUAUUUUACCCAAGGUGACGCUGUCAUUUAACCAUAGCGUAGAGCUGCAUGUCCUUGGGAAACAUUAUGGCUGUAGUUUCCCCCUGCUUUCAGCCAUUUGCAGUACCAGGACAGGAAGGUUGUUUUGGUUGAUGUUACAAGGCCAGGUCAGUUGAUCAUCCAGACUGUUGUCCCUCCAACUACUGAAAAGGCUGCUGCAUCUCUUCAGGAACCACUUGUUUAUCUGGCCUCUCAACAGAUACCCCUCCGUUACGGUUGUGCCAGAGGUAUGGCUACCUGUAUCACUGAUGUACACAAUCCAUGGUUCAUGAAGGGGUGAUUGCAUUAUCUGUGUCAAACAGAUGUGUUUCUAACAUUCUGGAUCAUCUAGUACAAAAAUUAAUGCUUAAGGUUUAUCCAGAAAGUUACAAUAUUUUGUAAUUGUUGUGUAGUGAAAUGUUUUAAGUUAUAUGUAUUUGUAACAGUCUGUCAAGUGUUUAUAAUAUAUACUCUGAAAAUUGUGCUGCUAAUUUACACUGCCUUCAAUUGAAUUACAAAUUAAACUCUGAAAUGUGUGAUAUUGUCAUCACUAGCUCUGGAGCUUGAGCAUGCUAGUCUUAUAUGUACAGGAAAAAUAAUAAAAAAGGAGAACAUAUCCAUGGCCAUUAUUCUCUGAAACUUAAUAUACAGCUGAUUGCAAGGAUAUACUCAGCAAGGCAGAGUGAAGGGAGCUCAAAACCCUCUUCCCCAAAGGAAAAAGAAUUUUUGUAAACUGAACUUACAUUUUUUCCUGCAAAACACACAGAUUUAUCAUUCUGUAUAGUUUGAAAAAAGGCCGAAGAUGUAAUGAGUAUUGAUUAGUAGCAUGUGUACCAGAGCCACGUGUGGCAAAAUCUCAAAACUGUUUCGUCGUUCAAAGGAAAACAUAAGUUAACCAUCCACUCUUGCCCCGACCUUGAGUACACUCUUGCCUGAGCAACAGAAAAAUACAAAAACCUGUUACACAACAGACGAGUUGUUUCAGAAUAGCCACAAACAAAACAGUGGCCACUAUGUCUAAUUACAGAUUACCCUGUCGUGAACUGCUGUUAUUUUCUGACUCAUGAAGUAUUAAAUGAUAUAAAACAAAAAGUAUAAAACUUCAUCAAUUAGAACAAUGUGUUGGAAAGUCCAAAAUCUAAUGAUUGUGUACCAGGAUUACAAAUAUUAAAUAAGUGUUCACUAAAUCACACUGAGUUAUCCAAAAUAAAGCAUUUGUUGUCCAAAAUCAGCUGUAUAAAGAAGGUAUAUAAGGAAAGUUUAUUGAGCUGGUAACACAUGAAAGAAACUGUUUCAUAAUGCGUGAGGAAUAAGUCACUAAUGCUCGACACCAUGAAAAUGUCAAGAAGUAAAAAAUGCUAUUGUAGAUACGCUUCUAGACUGAUGCAUGAAGACCUAGCAGAUUUGACUAUGAACAGUGUUAACCCUAAAAAAAUUGUUCUUGUAUACAUUUGUGAUUUAAAUGGAAGAGUUGAAAGUUCAACUCAGAUCAUCAUUUGUUGUACCGUGCAUGAGUGAAAUUUGUGUUAUAGUAUGUGAAGGAAACCAAACUUGGAAAGUAAUAGAGUAAAUCUAAUAACCAGAUAACAUGAGUUCCUACUAUAAUGAAAGUGUUGUUUAUAGAGGUGUUACACGGGUAACUUUGUAAAUAAAAAGCAUCCAUUCCAAAAAAUUGAGUCAAAUUUAUUAGACAUAUUUGUUUUCACUUGGUAAUAGAACAGAAUACAUCUGAAAGCUAAAGAUUUAAUAACAAUAAAUGUACAGGUAGAAUCUGAACUGAAUGAAGCAAAGUGAUGAAUCAUACAGAAUGUACAACCAACAAAUUGAAUAAUAUGUAUUGGCCCUGAAAUGAUAUGUAAUGUAUUUUGUGAUUAACUGCUCCCAUUGCAAUUUUCUAAAUAUUUGUUCUAAUGUUUAAUAGCCUCUAAAAUAGUGAAUGUGAAUUUGAAGAUACAGAAAGAGAAUGGAUCAUAGAAAUGCUUACAUUAAAAGUACCAAAAAAUAUAUUUUUGAUUUACUAAUCUUAGUAACAACUUGUAUGUUCAAUGAACAUUAUUCACAAAUUGUACAAAAGUUGCAGCUUUAAUUUGUAAUUUUGUCCAGUGUUUGUUUUUAAAUUUGAAGCAUCUGAUCUCAGAUUUUCAUAAGUACAUAUGUGAUGUUUGUUAAUGCAGCGUGUAAUUAAUUCCACAUCUUGAUGCUGCUAUGUACAAAGGUUUAGAAUAUGUCUAAUAAUAUUUUUUUCAAUGUGAUAACAGAUUUCAAAUAAAAUUAAUGCUUCUUGUAUGUGUUGUUUAGCUUCUUUCCAGAAGAAAUAGCAGAGCAGUAACUGUAUUCUAAUAACCAUGUGUGUGAGAAUGUAUGUACUAUUGCUGGAAAAAGGGCUAGUGCUCAAAAGCUUGUGUGAGUGUUUUUCUGUUAUGUGUUACAGUGCUCCACACUUUGAUCUGCUGUAGGUGAGUGGUUGCCUUUGCCUUAUUUUACGUAUUGCUUCACACAGGAAUUUCCAUUAUUGUUAUAAAUUCCACAAAGAAUAAUUUGGCCUUAUGUUAAGAUGUUGACAUAUUUUUGAUUUGUAAUACAGUAGCCCCAUAAACUUACCAGAAUUGGUUUAAUUUCAUCUAAAGUCAACUAGUGUUCAUUAAUACUGUAGGUAGCAAUGUUAUAGUUUAAUUUUCUGCUUCUAUAUAACUUAGUGUAAGUAUUGUGUAACAGUAUCAUAAACUCCAAAAUAUGUGGAAUCAUGCUCUUUGUUUAAUACUGUCCCAUUAUUCUACAUUAUGUGAUUUUGAAUUUGAAUAAGACAUGCAUAAAGAGAGGGAUAAGGAAACAAAUAAACUGAACGGUUUGGCUGGGAAAGUAGGAAAGUACAGAAAGGACUAUGGAGCUGGUGUGGUGCAGGAGGGUAUUAUGAGAUGUGAAAAGGAGAAAUGGUAAAGACAGGUGGAGUAAAAGGACUCGUGGAGAUUGAGGCCAAAAACAUUGUAGUAAUGAAGGUUAUCCUGCAUCAAGCACAUACUACAUGCACAGUACAAUAAAGCUGGAGGGGCAGAUCUACAUGCCACAGGUGUGAAGAAGCCAUUGAUACGUUUUCCAUGAUGUUUAGAAGUAUAAACUAGUGGGCCAUUGGCCACUGUUUGACAGAGGUCCUUCAUUUGUGUGGACAAUCUGUCAUAAAAUGGUGUGUAGUCAUUGGAGCAAAGCUGAUAGACAAUAUCAUGGCUUUCUCACGGAGUAAGAAAUGUUAGUUGUAGGACUGCAGUUGGAUUUGGUAGGAAGCUCUAUGGAACAGUGUGACGGAAAUGGCCUUGAUUUCAUAGUCUCGCCAUCACUAGCACCAAUCUCGAUCACUUUGAAGCUGAGAGUUUAAAUGAGUGUGGAAUGAUGUACACAGAUGACAUCAACACGCACUUUUUAUUCCUUUCAAAGUUCCUCUAUUAAUUGUGUGUGUUUUUUUUUUUUUUCAGAAAAUUAUUAGUGCAGCUAUUCAGAAUCAGCACCCACAAUUACAUGAGCCACAUUCCAGUGGUGAAGCUUAUUUUUCUCUCAUGGCACAAAAAAAACACACUUUCACAUUUACAUAAUAAUCAUCACCAUGUGCAACACUAAUCCACUUUGAUGACAAUAACAUUUCACUGUACUCAUUAAUCACAGCACGCAUUCAUAUAAACAAGGGAAUUCACAUUGCAUAAAAUGUGAAAUGACUCAAGUCCUCAAACAUUAAUAUGAAUGAGUCUUGUGGUUGCUGGUGUACAAAAUGAACAUACUUUUAGUGUAAGUCAAUACUGAGAGUGCACUUGAUAUUGGCUUACUCAUCAACACUCAAACUGCGAACUGAUUACUUCACGACUAAGACAGUCUUAUAAAGAUCGGCUUAGGAACAAACUGUUGUUUUGCAGACUAAAUAAUGCUUUGAAAUUUGGCCAGGUUGGAAUUUACUGUUUCAGAUGAACUAUCAGAACUAAUGUGAUUCUGAAUGACAGAAAGUGUCACUAGCAGAAAUUUGGAAAAAUACAUGGAACUAUUGUCUUUAUGCAGUGUGAAUUCCCUUGUUUAUAUGAAUGUGUGCCAUAUUACAAACUGGAGCAAAUUACACAAAAUUAUUAAUUAGUUUUAUCAGUUAAUGCCGUAUGUCAUUUUGUACAGAAAAAUUAAUGUAAGAGAAGUAUGUAGUCAAAGUUCGGACUCUUAACAGUGGUUUUGACAAAAUCUGCAGUGGAAAAUGGGGAUUCUUUAGAUCUUCAAGUUUCAAUUAUAAACUAACAAUUAUGUUUUACGUAAUUUAAAAUAUGUUACUGGAAAAUGAGAAUGCUUAACUUUGAAUCAUGUAGGCCACUAUUCCCAGCUAUCUCGAUUAGCUAUUAGGUUUUUCAAUAUAGUGACCUUUAAGUGUUACCUUUAAUUAACUGCAACUUCUAGUUAACAGUGUCCUAAUGAGAACUAAUUACACAAAUGGAAUCAGAACAGCCAAGAAUAACCUAAAUUACAAAUUCUAGAGAAAUCUAGUCCGAAUAAGAACUUGAGAUUUUCAUGUAGGUAUUACAUGCCAACAGGUAAAUGUAUUGAAAAUAAAACAAAAUGAGGUAAAAAAGUGUUUUUGGUUAUUUAUGAAGAAAGAAAAACCUGAAAUAUGGGAAGAAUCCACCUGCUGUCACAACAGGUCUUCCACGAGAAUAUGAUCCAUAUGACUGAGAUUAGGAGCAGGAAUGUUCUGGAGAGGAUAAUGACAUUUCAGAAAUUUUGUGUGUGGUAGAGUAGCGCUUUGGGGCAAAUAAGAAGAGUAGUGGAGAAAAAGUUCAUUUCACAUCAUGACAAGAGAAGGUGAAGUCCUCAUGGGGAACAUAGAGUUGCUCCAGUCCAGGAUGGUGCCAAUUGUGAAUGACAAAGAAGGUCCUCUUUUGUGUUUGAGAAAUGCUCAGUGUAUUUGAGGCCAAUACAGGAGAUGUGUUUCAAGGAAUUUGAGGAGAAUAAUGUUGUCUGAAAGCCCUGAAAGACAGUCAGCAUACUGAGAGAUGGAUUUAUUGUCACUGCAUAUGUGCUCUACACUGGUAUAUGACCAGGUUGCGUGAGAGGUACAGUCAGGUGUGGAAUGAGUGUCACUUGUCAGAAUAGUGUUAUAGUUGGUGACUAGUUAAUACAUGUGAAGAGAGGUGGUUGUGGAGCUAACAGUGAUGUGGAUGUGGAUGUUGAUGUGCAAGCGGAGGUGAGGAUCACAAACAUCCUACAGUGAUGGUAUCAACAAACUGAUCUUUCAUUAGGAGAAAUGUGUUCAUUGCCAGGGUGACUGUCGAGAAACAAAUAUGUAGGCAUGGAGGAUAAAGAUGUUGAAUGUUAAUAAAGUU